AAAUGCUAGAAUAUACUGGACAGACUAAAGCAAACUCAGAGGGAGUUCACACUGUAGUAGACUCAGACUUAGAAAGUUGGUAAAAGUUAUACACAUAAACUCAAGUCUGAGAAGACCUAAGUCUUCUUCAGAGCAGGAUUAUAGAAAACUUUUCGAAAUAACAAAACACUGUUUUAAUCAAAAAACACCCUAGGCAACUUGUGAUGAGAUUCCCGAAUUUGAUUCAUAGGAUGAUUCCUUUUUAUUAAGACCCUCUCUGUGUACAAAUAAAUCAAGCAGAUAAAGCUGUGAAAUUGUAAAGGAAGAAAAACAAUCAGAAAAAGAACUGAUAACUCCUUUGAAAGAGGAGGACAAGCAUCUAUUAGUUAGGAGCGAUUAGGGGCUAUGUAAAUUGUAAGGAAUUAAAAUGAAAAGUGGAGGAUUUUACAAAGGAUAUUGGUACAAAAGAAAGCCUCAUCGUAUGGGGGAAUAUCUAUUUGCUGAUUAGAGCAGAUAUCUAGGAGACGUAGAAAAGUUAUUAUAUAUGUAGUGGAAUCAUGGUUAUGCAAGUGGAAGAGGAGAAUACUUUGAUGCUGAUGGUGGACACUAUCAAGGAGAAUUUUAUUAAAACUGUAUGCAAGGAACAGGAGUUUAUAAAUAUGCAGAUGGAACAAUCUAUAAUGGUAUAGUAUAUCCUUAGCAUUAAGGUUAGUGGAUGAAUGAUAAAUAUCACGGAGUAGGAAUUGAAACAAAAAAUGACAGCCAGUAUAAAGGUAUUAAGAAUAAGUUACAAAUUAGGGAAAUUUUAGAAUGGCUUAAAACAUGGUCAGGGGACUUUGGUAUUUUUCAACUAGGAAAAAUAUGAAGGUUCAUUUGUAAAUGGUCUGUUUGAAGGGAAAGGGGUUUAUGUAUCAAUCCUAUUUUUAUCUUUAGAUUUGGCCAGAUGGAAGAAGAUAUGAAGGAGAUUGGUAAAAAGGGAUGAUGCAUGGUUAGGGGAUGUUGGAAUGGCCAGAUGGUAAUGAACUGUCUCUAAAUAGGUCGUCUCUAUGUAGGAUAGUAUGUUAAUGACAAAAGGUAAGGAUUCGGAACAUUCCAAUACCCUGAUGGUCGUAAAUAUGCAGGAUAUUGGAUGACUGGUUUAUAACAUGGGUCAGGAGAAUUUACUGAAUAUCAUGGUUAAGUUACCAAGGGAGUUUGGAGAGAAGGCAAAUUAUUUUCGCAUUGUUGA